AUGUGGCAACAUCAUGCACUAAAAGAGGACCAGACGGGGUCAGAGGUCAGAUUCACUCUGCCUGUCCUGUCCGCCAACAUGAACCUGCUGUCCAGCAGACCGCAGCUCCAGAGGAACAACGUGCUGAAGCUUGACAAGGAAAUCGUCUGUACCCUGGGUGAAGAUAUUUCACGGAUUCCCUCUGCCACCCGUAGCACAAGGAGGCAUCUCGGCUUUCGCCAUACGGAGGUCAGCCAGUGGCAGGCCCAGAUAUCUGAGAGCAUCGGUCGAGUGGACCGGGAAAUCACUGCAGUGGAGCAGGUGAAAGACACCGCUGAGGCCUGUCUUCAAGAAAAGCAGCUGUACAGUCAGCUCAUGAGCGACUGCGUGGCGAUCGGUAACAGUUUGAGCUCAGCAGUCCUGAGACAGGACCGCGUCCUCGCUGAGCUGAAGAGGGAAGAGCAGCUGACCAACGAGAUUAGAGAACUCCUCCAGAAGCAGAUCUGCAUCCUGCUCAAAAACCUAAGCUCUCUGAAAGAGGUCCGCGUUCAGCUGCUGGCAGAUUUCCGGGACAAGUGUGAAGCCAUCAAGCUCACCACCAAAUGCAUCGCCUAUGACCUCAAUACCCCGAGCUCCCGGCUCCCCGCCGGUCAAUACAAGCCCAACCACGUGAGCUAUGACAAGUGGCUGUCCCACUGCAAAGACCUGAGGCUGACGGCUGAUAAAGUGGUUAAGGACUCUUCUUCCUUCAGGGGAAACCUGCGCUUCACCCUGGCAAAUCUGAAAAAUGCCCAGGACCGCCAGUGCCGCAGCUCACAGGAUGCCCUGAGGAAGAAGAUUAAUGAGCUCAGCAGGAUCCAGGAUACACUCAUCUGGGAGCGGCAGCAGAUACGAGAUGAGAUUGCUGAUCUGACAACAGACGUACAGAAACUGCUGGGCCAGAUCAGGAACUGUGACUCCAAGCUGCACAAGGUCACCCACCGCCUGGACAUCCUCAACCAGAGACCCAGACGUGAGCUCUGCCUGGACCAGCCCUACAUCAGCCUCACACUGGAGAAACAUGACCUGGUAAAGAUGGCAGCUGGACUUCGCCCAGUGCUGAUGCGCUCUCAGCAGGACCUGGAGCUCUCUCGCAGGCAUCUGAUGAUCCUGGAAGGCAAACUGACUAAAAAUGCUCAAGCCCAGGAGGUGGAGCAGAAGUGCCAGAACCUGCACCAGAGUUUCCUGCCCACCCUGGACACUAUUGUGGUCCUCGCCAACAAGCCCAGGCUCCGCACGGCCACGGGCCACUCCAGCGCUCACUCCUGCGCUCACUCCUACCUACAGUAGAGGUGCAUUAGCACUCUGCUGCACACCUGUGGUGUCGCACAAAUAUAAUUAAAUAUUUCAA